AUGUCCUCCCCGGAACGCGAUGACCUUGACGGUCUCUUGGGAGAUUUAGAGGCGGCGUCGAAACUGCCGGCAAAGCGCCGCCAAACAAGCAUCAAGCCGACGGUCGAGAGAACAACUUCGAUCCUGUACGACAGGGGGGCGCUUCCGGACGAGCUGGCCCGCCUGGUCGACCUGCUGACUGUCCGCAACCAUUUGGACCAGGCCAGCCUUGCAGCCAUCGUCCGCAAUCUGUAUCCCUCGGGCAAGGUCGCCGAUGAGACCGUCUUGCGCGUCGUGGGCGCGCUGGGCCACGGCCAGCUCAAGCCGUCCCUGCCGCUGCAGGCUCUGUUUCUCCGCUGGCUCGUGAUGGUCUACCACCUGCUGGAAAACCCGACCAUCCUGUCGCAGGCGUACGGUGUGCUGUUCAACCUGCUUGAUACCGCUGCUAUCAGACCCCAGUUGUGCCAUCUCCUGGCUCUGGUGACGAGGCGAAAACAUGUGCGGCCAUUCCGCCACCCCGAUCCGCAAUGGCGAGCCAAACUCGACGAAAUCCAGCAACGACGAUCUAAACGCCAAGACGACCGGAGCGUCAGGAAUGGCUUCGCCGUCAACCAUGCGCUCAGCCGCCGCCUGAAGGGAGCGAAAGUCCUGUUCCCAGCCGUCCACACGCUCCAUGCUCAAGAAAGUUCCGUCACUUUGGAGGAGAUCGACAGCGCCGAAUCCUUGGCCCAGAACCUCGAAAAGGUCGAGCUGCCCACGCAGCUUGUGGCCGUUCUGGCCGACCCUCUUCUCCAGAAGCUGCUGCUGCUGCGUCCGGAUGCUGAAGCGUCAUCACGUAUCAGCAACUGGCUUGUGGCCUGCCUCGGCGAUGUUGCGAGCGGGGACGCCGACGUGGAUCUCUUGCUGGAUAUGAUUGAGGUCAUUCACGAUUAUGCAGUCGCCACCAAGACAUUACCCCCGCUGCUCCUCACAUUUCUUGAACAGUUCUUGAGGGUUUGGGAUGGCUCGGGGAAGCGGGACAUGGUUCUCGAGUUGCUGAGCUAUGUCCCUCUAAUAGAUGGGGCUAACAAGCAGACAGAAUUGUACAAGAUGAUCCUCGGUCCGUUGGAGGCGGCAGUAUUGGAUAACACCCCUUCGUCGCAAGUGGCGCUUCUGAAACUCUACACUCUUCUUCUCCGACGCUGGACAGUCGCGAUGGAGGCAGCGAGCGAUGUCGCGGCCCUGGCCGUGGCCUCAAUACCGAGUCUCAUCGACCAUGUCAACAAACUCAGCCUGACGCUCACGCAAACCUCGAGAACCGUCGGCACCUAUCUCGAUAUCCUCGACUUCUACACGGCCGUUACCGCCCUCUAUUCGAAGCCGGCGCUUCUCCAGCACGUCGAGAUCGCGAUUCCGCCUCCUCUCCUGGUCUACCUCCUGUUCUUCUGCCCUUCUCUCGCGGUCGCGUCGCGGCUGUGCGGCAUCCUGGCCAGGUACAAACGCGCCUGGGAGGCCGUCAUGUCGUCCGCCGUGGCACGGAAGCUGACGCGGCCCGAGCGCGACCGCAUCCAGGCGUUCAACGGCUUCCUGAUGGAUAUCAGUAACUGCGUGUGGCGAGGCCGCGCAUUUUCGACGACGGACGAGAACGCGCAGGGCUGCUGCGUUCCGCAGUCGAUACAGCCUAGGCUGGAGUCGUACCUACGUGCGGCCGACUCGGACCUGUCUCUGGCCACGGCGUUCAACCUGUCGCACUCUCCGCUGCUGUGUCUGCAGUCCAUCUCGCUUGUCCGGGAGCUGGAAGAUCUCGAGGCAGAUGAGAUCCGCGCCAGACACGGCGGGCCAGUGACCCAGGCCUCGCUGAACCAGCUCGCCAACAGGGGAGGUUUGAGCCUGUCCUGGCAAGAGUACAGGGCCGCUGUCCUGGCGCACUUGGAGUCCAAGGGCCUGCCGGGCAUUCCCGAGUUGAUGUACAACACGAUGAAGAAUCUCAUGAAGGCGAGAAAGUGA